AUGGCGUCUGAGAAAGCCUUUACUCCAGACAAAUCGCAGACAUGCCCAGAGCCCAGGGAUCGUGACAGAACAAGGAGAAACUACCAGAUCUCCAGACACAACUCAGGGUCUUGCCCAUAUUCUUUUGCCAAAAAGAAAACUUUGCAAUCAGUGUGUGGACGACCUGUAUACUCUGGACGCAUUGUGGGUGGCCAACCUGCUGCUUGGCAGGUCAACCUGCAGUUUGGCCAGACUCACAUCUGUGGUGGUUCCCUCAUCAGCGAGCGCUGGGUACGAGCACUGGGUACUGACAGCAGCACGCUGACACAGUUGGUUUUUUUAUACAGUGUGCGGCUUGGAUCCAUUGAUGUAAACCACUCAAGUAAAGACAAGGAAUACUACGUGUCCAAAAUCAUCACCUAUCCCAGUCACUAUGGCAUAACCAGAGAUAUUGCCCUGCUGAAACUGUCGUCCACGGUCACCUUCACGGCUCUCAUUCUGCCAAUUUGCUUCCCCAGUAUCUCAGAGCAGCUGCUGACUCUGCCAGCUUUGUGCUGGGUGACCGGAUAGGGACAAACUCAGGAAGGUCUUUACCCCUCUACCCUCCAAGAAGCUGAAGUGCCCCUCAUUAGCAAUGAGGGGUGUAAACAACUGUACAGCCCAAUCGGCAUUUUCCUCCCAGAACUGGAGUCCGUCAUCGAGGAGGACGAACUUUGUGCUGGCAAUAUUCAGACAAAGGACAGCUGCAAGGCUGACUCUGGAGGGCCUCUGUCAUGCCACAUUGAUGGCGUCUGGGUCCUGAUGGGUGUAGUAAGCUGGGGUUUGGAAUGCAGCAAAAGUCCUCCUGGAGUCUACGUCAACGUGACCUACUACCAAAAAUGGAUCAAAGCCAUUAUCUCGAGAGCUCGGGGCUCCGGUGGUGACUGUACUUAUGUGAUUUCUUGUACCCUGCUGUUCUUCUUCCUCUGGCUCUCCUGGGAUCCCCCUGAGCCUUGACCCUAACAUGAUACCAAGACAGGAAGGA